GUAUAGUGUAAUAUCUUUACAUUAUACUUUAAGUGGCAAAUAAUAUUAUUUGAAGGUAAAGUAUAAUAUGUUAAAUAAAGAUGUAUAUUUUCAACCCUAAAGAAACUACUAUAAAAAUAAAAUAUAAAGCAAAGUCAUUUAGCUAAUAAACUAGUAACGACAUAAAGUGGAACAAUAAAAACAAAAAGAUAAAAUUUAAUCCAAAUGAAGGAAGGAAAAGAGGGAAAAAAAUACAGGCAAUUAGAAAACAAAUAGUAAAAUGGUAGACAUAAACCCAGCCAUAUCGACAAUCACGUUAAAUGUAGUGGCCUAAACAUGCCAGUAAAAGGCAAAGAUUGUCAGACUGAAUAAAACUCAAAGUCCAACUAUAUGCUAUAUAUAAGAAACCCACUUUAAAUGUAAAAACAUUGACUAAGUUAACUAAAAAGAUGCAAAAAAGAUAUACCAUGCAAACACUGAUCAAAAGAAAGCAUGAGUAUAUAUCAAAGUUUAUUUAAGAGUAAGGAAUAUUACCAAGGGGAAAGAGGGACAUUUCAAAAUAAAACGGCCAAUUCAUUAAGAGGACAUAAUAAUCCUAAAUAUCAUGUACCUAAUAAUAGAGUUUUAAAAUAUAUGAAACAAAAACUGAUUGAACUGAAUUGGGAGGUAGACAAAUCCAAAAUUAUAUUUGAAAAUUUCAACACUUCUCUCUUGAUAGUUGAUAGAAAAAAUAGAAUGUCAGAAAUGAUACAGAAAAUUUCAACAACAUUUUUGACCAACUUGACAUAAUUGGCAUUUAUAAAACAGUCUAACCAACAAAAAUAAAAUAUAAUUCUUUCAAGUUCACAAGGAACAUUCACCAAGAUAGACUAUAUUCUGAGCCAUAAAAUAAGUCUCAAUAAAUUUAAACUAUAUUAUUUAACCACAACAGAUUCAAAUUAUAAAUCAAUGACAGAAAUAUGAAAAACCCCUAAGUAUUCAGAAAUUAAACAACAUUAAGUUUAGAUCAUUUUUGUCAAUUGAAUGAAAAUUAUAUAAAACCCUCAAUUGUAGAUUACAUUUGCAUUUAAUAGAGUCACUUCUGAUUUUCCUGAUUUAUCCUUAUGUUGUUUUCCUGACACUCUGCAUUAAAUAUUCAAAUAUUAAUGUUGAGGACCAGUCAGAUAUAUUAAUAAGAAUGUUAUCAAAACAAGUGUUAUUCCUUUUGUAUAUUAUAGAUUACCAUGGGUUUCUUCUCUCUCUUUCUCUCAUUCUCUCUCUGAAAGAUAAAGAGAGAAAACACCCUUCCAUGGAGCACGCUGACUCAGUUUGUUUCAGCUUACUAAUAUCAGACUGACUAAGUGACACCAACAUAGAGCUGAGCUGGUAUAUAAUGAGACCACACAGGUUUAUAAAGGGUCUGUUUUCAACAUUUAGGGAACCACCCAACUGCAUGCAAAGAAACAAAGAGAUAAGAUUCAACAUAUUCUAUUUCUUUGUGGUAGAACAUAUUAAUUUAUUCCAAGUCUCUAUAUAUCAACUAUUAUAGACAGUAAAAAAAAAAUCAGUGUUUUUUCCAUGCUCUUAAGAGAUUUUAAUCUUGGGAGGUUGUAAGACAGGUAAAUAAAUAGCCAAAGGUGUUAAAGGAGGUACAAAGUGCUGUGGGGAUCCAGGAGAGAAAUUAUAGCUGGUUGGGGAGAUCUGAGCCUUAAAGGGUAAGUAGUUCUCAGUCUUUGCUUGCACAGGCAGAUACUUGGGGUGAAGGAGGCAAUAGGUGAUGUUUCAGAGAGAAUAUCGUCAGUAAACACACACACACACACACACACACACACACACGGGCUAGUUGUAUUAAGGGAAUAAAUAAGUACUUUAUCUGAAGUUGGGAUUCUCUACCACUAUAUUUAGAGCAACAGUGGGAGAUAAAAUUGGAAAGGUAGAUUGAGGGGCUUAUUCAAGAGAAUUUAGAGUAUGGAACUGGGUAUUUGUAAUUCAAGAAGUACUACUGAUGUAGAGAUGUUCACAUUAGUUUACCAUAGUUAUUGCCACCCUAGGGACUAUAAACUAACCAAAUACCCCCAAUCUCUUCUCAUAUAUAAUUUUAUCAUAAUUUUAUCAUUUAUAAUGGUUAUAUAUCAUUUAAUCAUAUGGAUGUACCAACAUAUAUGUAGUAGUCCUCUGUUGUUGGAAUUGUAGGUCCUUUCUAAUAUUCUGCCAUUGCAAUAACAUUAUAGCAUUUUUUUUCACUAAAUGUUAUUUUUCACAUUGCUUCCAUAGGCUAGAAUCUUAGAUAUUAAAGUGAUUGGAUAAAAUAAUUUAAGAUUGCUGAUACAUAUUUUAAGAUUAAUUUGCUCAAGCAUUUGUGAAAAUGUACAGUUCUACCUGAGGUUUUAAAUUUAGUAGUCUGUAUCCAUUUCAAUUUUUGCCUCUGAGUUAAUUACAGAUGCUGCUAAGCCUCUGGUAAAUUUUACUCUAUGAAAAACUACUUAAAAAUAAAAAAGCUUAAUCUCAAUAAAAGAACUUUAAUAAGCUUGACUAAAUAUUUAGAAAGCACAUUGUGUUGAGUGAAACUUUGUAUGUGAUAAAUAAUGAAGGUAACAAAAGAUCAUAUUGGAUGACUAGUCUGUAAUGGCCUCAAGGAAAGCAUACAAUGAAACAAGUUUUUUUGGUGACUUCCUCAAAUAGCCAACACAACAGGGAAAGUGGAGGAAAUGUCCCAUGAACACCAAGAAAAGGGAACCUGAAAACCUACUGGGUAAACUUGGAGAAGGAACAACAUUAGAAAACAAAACCAACAAAAGAGAACACCCUCCACAAUAAUCUGAGAUGCAUGAAAGGCAAACAUUCACUAGAGUUGGAGUUUUACUAAGUCCACACAGAGUAGCAUGUUUGACCUUCGCCACGAUUAACAAGCACUUCUUUGAAAUUGUGCCAGUGUGGCUGGCCUCUUCUGCAGUCUUCUCCCUAGAAUUGAAACUGGUUCUCUUUCAUCAAAGAAGAGUGAACAAGGAGAGUUUAAAACUCUUGAAUAAACUGCAAACCUCAUCAAUUCAGCAGUGUCUACCACACAGGAAAAACUUCCUGCUUCCCCAUAUGUCUGUGAGGCCUCAGCAGUACCAAAAAGGACAUGCCAAAGGACUGGCCCUUCUCCAUGAAGUGCUUCAGCAGAUCUUCAACCUCUUCAGGGCAAAUAUUUCUCUGGAUGAUUAGGGGGAAAACCACAUGAAGAAAUUCCUCGUUGAACUUCAUCAACAGCUGGAAUACCUAGAAGUACUCAUAAGACUGGAAACAGAGCAGAAAAGUGGUACCUUGGGUAGUGAGAACCUUAGGUUACAAGUUAAAAUGUACUUCCAAAGGAUCCAAUGAUGAUCUGAAAAACAGGAAUGUAGCAGCUGUAUCUAGACCAUCAUCCAAGUAGAAAUCAAUCAGUGUCUGUCCUUUAUAUUCAGACUCACAGGGAAGCUGAGUUAACAAGGAAUGAAACCAAAUGACACAGAGCAAGAGACCACUACAGAUUUUAAAAGCAGGUAGGCUGGUAGAAGGGCUAGAGGACUUCUCCAGAAAUUCUUAUUUUUCUGUUUGUUGUAAAAUGGUUAGUAUCGUUUUGAUUUUUUUUUGUGUGUGUGUGUGUGUAUAUAUAUAUAUAUAUAAUCUGUAUUUUAAGAUUGUGUAUAUUGAUCACAAAUUGUUCUAUU